ACGUGCCCUUUCCCCUCUCGACACCUUCUUCUUCAGCCUCUAAAAUCCUCCAAUGGUCCAAUAUGCCCCAAACUCCAACCCCUUCCACCACCUCGCACCUCAAAGAAAUCCUCACUACUCUCCGACACCAUCGUUGCCGGAAAAGAGUCAAAGACCCUCCAUACUCUUUCUCUGAUGCUUCCCAUUUCCGGUCACGCUUCCUUCGAAACUAUCAAGAAACCCAAAACCCCCGAGUUAUUAGACCGCAAGAACUCACCGGCCAACAAGCUCAACUCGGCUUUUCUUCCUAUCCACCAUGCCCAUUCACGCAUUUGGCUCCUCCUCACCAUCCUCUCCAUCCAGGUACUCCUUCUCUUCACACUCCGGUCUCUUCCUAUCUCCCUCUCCCUCUCCCACCCUCGCCCCAGCGAAUACGUCCAGGAUUCCUUAUCCGCGGACCCGAAUCGAGAUCAAUGUGGAUCGGGUCGAAUAUUCGUGUACGAUCUCCCCGUAACAUUCAACUCUGAGAUUCUAGCCAAUUGUGAUGACUUGAACCCGUGGAACUCUCGCUGCGAAGCGCUGGUCAAUGAUGGCUUCGGCCGGAGUGCCACCGGGCUUGUCGGGGUCGUGCCGAAGCAAUUGGCUUCGGCGUGGUACUGGACGGACCAGUUUGUGUCAGAGAUCAUUUUCCACAAUCGGGUCUUGAAGCACAAGUGUCGGGUCCUAGAGCCGGAAAAUGCUACGGCGUUCUACAUACCGUUCUACGCUGGACUGGCGGUGGGUAAGUAUCUUUGGUCGAAUUCGAGCGCCAAGGAACGCGAUCGCCACUGCGAGAUGAUGUUGAAGUGGGUUCAGGAGAAACCCUAUUACAAGAGAUCCAACGGCUGGGAUCACUUCCUCACCAUGGGGCGCAUCUCGUGGGACUUCCGGCGGUCGAAAGACGAGGACUGGGGUUCUAGCUGUAUCUACAUGCGCCGGAUGCGGAAUAUCACGCGCCUCCUGAUCGAGCGGAACCCGUGGGACUACUUUGACGUCGGUGUGCCUUACCCCACGGGAUUCCACCCCAGGUCAGACUCCGACGUUACAGCAUGGCAGCGCUUCGUCCGCGACCGUAACCGCACAAGCCUAUUCUCUUUCGCCGGGGCGACACGUGGCGCCGUCAGGAACGACUUCAGGGGGAUAUUGCUCAGGCAGUGCAACGGGACGGACGCGUGUACGAUCGUGGACUGCGCGGGGUCUCGCUGCUCCAACGGUACAUCGGCUAUCCUGGAAACGUUCUUGAGCUCCGACUUCUGUCUACAGCCGAGGGGUGACAGCUUCACCCGCAGAUCGCUAUUCGACUGCAUGGUUGCCGGGUCGAUCCCUGUUUUCUUUUGGAAGCGAACCGCCUAUUAUCAGUACGAGUGGUUUUUACCGGGCGAACCGGAUAGUUACUCGGUCUUUAUUGACCGAAACGCCGUAAAGAACGGGACGUCUGUGAAGGAAGUGCUGGAGAGGUAUAGCAGGGAGGAGGUGAGGAAAAUGAGAGAGAAAGUGAUCGAUUAUAUACCGAAAAUAGUGUAUGCAAGACCUCAGGAGGGGUUGGAGACGGUAAAGGAUGCAUUUGAUGUGGCCAUUGAGGGGGUGCUACGGAGGUUCAAGGAACAAGAGGAGUGGGGAUUCAAGUGGUAAUAAUAGAGAUUAUGUCACUACGAAUAGGGAUUGUGGCCAAAAAUUUUUAUGGGUGAGGCAGAUAGUACUUAUUAGUUAUUAGAGCUAUUUUUUAAAAAGAUUUUUUUUGGGUACAUUUGUAUACAAUUGCUGCCAUUGUUAGUGACAUUAUUAUCUGAUCCUUUUAUCGAGGAAUCAGUCUCAGAAUUCUGGGUUUCAUUUUGUGCACAAAGUGGGGGACUUUCGGCAAUGAAGUGAACUGCGAACACUAGCCAUCAGCAAGUGGUCCAAAUGAGCAGCAGACACGCAGACAGUGGUGGUCCAAAGUGGUGGACGGGUAGGGGGACGGAUGGUUAGAUGAGGUGUGAUAUUGUUAGGGCAGUGCACCCUUUGUUCUUGGGGACCGUGCAUGUGGCAUUGUAGGUAUUCAAUAAUAUCAUGUAUAAUUGAGAAAAUAAGUGAUGCGCGUUAUCAUAUUUGCACUUUA